AUAAAAAUGUACAACUUGGCAGCGGUUUUAUUUUUUGAUGUCGGUCAAAAUAAAAGUUUCCAAUAAUUUGGGCGACAAGAGAAUAAUACGUUCAGGUGGACUUUUUUUUAUCGGUAAAUGAAAUAUUAUUUUUUCUACAACCAUUGAUGGGUAAGCCUAGUCCGCGCAUUCUUUUAAAGCCUCGCGAAUUAAAUAUUAAAUUAAAAAUUAAAUUUGUAGUUUUUAAUUUUAAAGUCGGUAGUAAUCAAUUUUUUAAAUUUCCCAGCGAUGGGAAGCGCAUUUCGCAUAAUUUUUGAACGUUAAAUUAAUAUUUCUAUUUGCUAACUUUAAAUUAAUUUUUUUUUUGUUCAAUUUUUCAAUUUAUUUUUUUUAAUUUUUCAAUUUUUCAAUUUAAAAAUUCGAGAAUCUAAGGGCUGAGCGACUUAAUACGCUCAGGUGGACCUAGUGAUGGAAAGCGUAUUUCGCGUAAAUUUUUCCACACCGCGAAUUUUAAAAGUAAAUUAAAUUAAAUUUUUCGGUUAAUUUUUUAGUACCUAUUUUUAGUACCUUUUUUAGUACGCAAAAAAUUUGUAAGGGUUGGUCGUCGUGGGAAUAAUACACUCAGGUGGACCCAGCUGUGUGUAUACCCAGCAAUGGGAAGUGUAUUUCGCGUAAUUUUUCAAAAACCGCGAGUUUUUAAUUUAAAUUAAAUUAUUACUUCUUUUCCGGUAAUUUCGUGUGUCGUGUAUUGUGAGUGCUUUUCGUGAAUCAUCUUCUCCAGGAUGGAGAUCUGAGCAUCCAGAUUCAACAAAUGAUCUGAUGUAAUUUUGACUGGGAUGAGAGAGCAGUGACACCCUGGAAAAGAACGGUAAUCAUUUUGACAAGGGAAAGCAGCGACAGAGGACAUUAAGAAGACAACCUUAUAAAUUUAAUCCAAAAAUGCCACGACGCGGGUUAAUGAGCAGAAGGUCAACUUCAAAACAUCGAGCCACUGAAGAAUUUCAGCUACCUAAGGACUAUUCAAAGCCGCCAUCUAUACUUGAUUUCCCAAUCCAUGACCAAGGGAAAGAAAAAUCCCUUGGUGCAAUAUCUCGUCGUUCUAAUAAUGACCAGGGACAAGGAAGUAUAAUCAAUGUGAAUGGAAGUGCCUCAAUCGAUCCAAUGUUGUUACCUAAAGGGAAAAUUGCGGAAGAGAACCCUCGACGUAAGAAGAACGAAAGCUGGGGAGAAUACGGUAGCAGGUUAGCAGUGGAGGAAUUGGACAGGUUCAUGAAAAAUAUUGAGCCAAAAACGUCAGUAAAAAUAGAAGAAUUGAAGGAGCUACAAAUGGAGGAGAUAGAGAGAAGAAAACAUGUACUGAAGAAGGAAGAUGUGGUCCAUCCCAAUGAUGAAGAUGAUGUUACGAUGUCUCGCUGUUCAACUCCUCCUGGCCCACCAAUUAACGUAAAUCCGAAGAAUAUUGAAACUGAUCAAAUUGUGAUCAGAGAAGCACUGCCACGAAAAACUACCGGUGUGAUGUUCAACGACUUGGUCUCCAUCCCGACAGACCCGACAAUAGACCCGCCACCAAGAUGUUGCCAGAAUUGUUGGAGAAAAGGCCACAAGAAAUCACAAUGUACCAAGAAAGUAACUGAGGCUCAUUGUGAUAAUUGUGGGCGGAAAUAUGUGACAGUAGCUAAUUGUCCACGUUGUGCUCCGGGAUAUAGGAAGUAUUUGAUGAGAGGAAAAAGGAACUACAGAUCUGACGAAGCUUGUGCUGUUCUUGAAGAGGACUAUGGGAAUAAGAGGAUGAAUCAAAGAAGAGAUGGAAAUUUACUGUUACCCCCUAUGUGGACCAAAGAAGUUAAUCUAGGAUCAAACCUAGAUGGACGUGGGAAUAGUGAACGAGCUUGGAACAUCCCAAGAAGUCCAUCUCCACCAUCAUCAAAUAGCUCCUUGAUUGAAUCAUCACAAAUUCAUAAAAUUUCUAAAAAGGUGCUGAAGGAGUGGGAAAUAAGGUCAGAAGUCAUCAAGAAUGAAAUGGACGAGUCUGUAUUGUCUGACGAACAAAAAAAUGAUCCACCACCUUCCUAUAAUGAAGUGGAACCUACGAUAGAACGACCUUUGGACCUGAUUGCAGCCAUCCGAGAGAUUACCAUGGUAAUGGAAGGACUCCCAGCAGAGACGAUCAACAUGGCAGUACAGCAGUUGAUCCUCGAGCGUAAGAAGAGUAUGGACAAUAAUUAAAGUGUUAUAAAGACCCUUUUUAUAUUUUUUUUGUGUGUUUAGUUCACAAGGAAACUAAGUUUUGUUGAAAAGGAUAUUAUAUUUUUUUUUAUUAAUCUACGAUUUUAUAAUUUUGAUAUAUUUUUGUUUCUAUCUGAGAAAAAUAAUAUUUUUUUUUGUUAGUGUGAAGAGAGAAAGUUAUAAGUUCUGUUAAGAAGAAAAUUAUUUUAUGUCUAUCUACGAUUUAAUAAUUUUGAUAUAUUGCUGUUUGCAUUUUGUGAAGAAUGAUAUUUUUUUUGAGUGAAAUUAUUCUGUUAUUAUAAUUUUAGUUUUUUUUUUGUUUGAAACUACGAAGGGUAGUUCCAGUCUUAUCAGGGGGAUAUUGUGACGGAGCAAUUUUUGUCAAAUUUAGAGUCAUCAAAUGUACUUGUAUUUUUAUUUUAUAUUGUCCCUUGAUAAUUGACCAUUUAAAUUCGCGCGCUAAUUUGGUGAUUUAGGGCGUAAAGGAGCAAUGAAAACUCCCUUUUUUUUGACUACGGGAAUUGCGCGAAAAAGAGCGUCUGUUGUAGCAGACGAUAAUGAGACGAGUACAAGAAGAGUAAGAGAGUGACGGUAGAAGUUAGAAUAUAGGAGAGAUUUGUGAUCAUUCUGUGAUUAUGGAAAUAAGUGUAAAGAAGAUACGAAUUUGAUAAGAGUAUUAAUAAAAAGUUAUGAAAGUACUAAAUUGGUGACUAUUCAUUUAAGGAUUCAUCUCUUAUGACGGAUUAAAUGAUCUUCUCAUUGGAUGAGGAAAAGUAAGUGUUGUAUUGAUAUAAGAGUCGUGUUUCAGAGAAUUAAUUAUUUCCCUUUUAAUUCUAUAUUUCCUGACGGAAUCUCCUUUGGGAUAAAUUGUUGAUAAUAUUGUAUUGUUGUUGUUUAAAUUUUGAAUAUUAACUUUUGUCAAUUUUAUAAAAAAAAAAAUUGACUGGCGUCUGACUAUCACGU